AUCGAAAUAAUCAAUUUAUGCUUUUCCUUAUUAUUUUUCUGUCGUGUUCGAUGUUGUUUGUCUGUGGGUAACACGGUAAUAUCAUUGUCAACAUUGACAAUGACAUGUAGUUUGUGAAUGACAUUACCAUAUUACCCAGAGUACCCACCUUGUUAAACCAUUACGAUGGUAAAUAAAAUUGUUAGAUAAGAUUUUCGAAUGAAUUGAGAGGAACAUGGCUGAUGACGAACUGCCUGUAAUCUUGGUGAGCGCCUCAGAUUCCGCCGCCGCCGGAGCCUUCAUCUCAGAUUUGAUAGGCGACGAGGGCGAGGAGGGCGAGGAGGGCGAGGCGGGCGCGGGCGGGGGAGCGCGCGUGUGGCGGCUGAACAACAAGUACUACAGCGCGCGCGUGCAGGUGCGGCCCGCGGCCGGCGAGGCUCUGGCGCCGCGGGUGCAGGCGCACGUCGUGCUGCUGCAGCCGCACGAGGCGAGUACCGGCCGCGGAGGCGGCGGCGCGCGCGGCGCGGGCGCGGCUGACGGCUUUCCGCCGCAGGGCGCGGCCGAGCUGGAGGCGCGCGCGGCCGAGGCCCGGCGGCUGCCCGCCUGCGCCCCGGGGCUCCCGCGCGACCAGCGCCUGCUGCGCGCCGAGGCGCUGCUGGCCGCCUUCUGCCGCGCGAUGGCCGACCCCGACGAGCGCUGA